AUGCAAAAGACGCUCGAACCUGUAUCAGUCCUUGGGGUUGGAAGCAUGGGGGCUGCGCUUGCUUCUGCAUUUCUUGAAAAUGGGCACCCGGUGACCGUCUGGAAUCGAACAAUCGAGAAAGCGCAACCUCUUGUCUCAAAGGGUGCUCAGAUGUCCAAAUCUCCAGCCCACUGUGUGCAGUCCGGUACUAUAAUCCUCAUCUCGCUUGCCUCAGACGAGAUUUUUCGAGAUAUUUUGAGUGAGAUCCCAAGUCUACUUGACCGUACCGUCAUAAACUUUACGACCAGUCGGCCACAAUGGGAGAUCGAAACUGCGAAUCUUGUGAUCAACCAACUCCAAGCUUCAGGGUAUCUUCAUGGGUGGAUCAACUCCAUUCCAUCGGAGGUGAAGAAUUACCAGGCGACAGUCACGUACAGCGGACCAAAGUCCGUUUUCGAGCAGCACAAGCACAUCUGCCAGGUUCUUGGCAAAGCACUGUGGCUGUCUGAUGAUCACAGGAAGAUUUGCAUGCUGGAAAAUGCUGCUCUUUCAAUGGUAGCAGGCCUGUGUUCUGGCUUCUUCCAAUCUUUGGCUUUGGCUGGGGCCGCAGGGUACAAUACAGUAGACUUCACACAGGAAGUAAUUCUUCCCUUGCUGCCACUAUUGCAAGAUAUAUUGCUAGAGAUGGCAAAACGCGACCAGCGCCAGUCCUACCUGAUAUCUGAUGACUCAGUAUCCGAGAGCUCAGUGUCUGUCGGCACGAUGCUGGGGCUGGUUUCCGAUGCGCGCGAGACGGCGGAGACUUCUGGUGUCUCUGCCCGUUUGUUCGAGGGGUUUCAUGACGUUCUGAUACAAGCGGCCGAAUCGGGAGACAGCCUCAAAGAUGCAUCUGCUGUGAUUCAAAUGUUGAGAAGAGAUAAAAGUCAAUGCUAG